UCCAACAUAUGCGGCGCCUCUAACCCAAUCCAUCUCCAAAACAAAACCCAACCCGUCUCCCCUCCCUCUCCGAUCCCCAAUCGGCCAAUUCUCCGAAUCCUUAACCCUAAUCCCCUCACCGCCGCCGCUGCAGCCACCGCGAUGCUGCGCUCGCCGGGCCACUCCCCCCGCCACCUCUCGCCGUCGCCGUCGCCGUCCCCCGCACCCUCCACCCCUCGCCCCCCCUCCCCGGCCCCCUCCACCGCCUCCGCCCUCGCCACCACCUCCUCGAAGCGCCGGCUCCCGGAGGUGCUUGACGAGGACACCUACGUCGCCGCCAUCGAGCGCAUCAUCGAGCGCGACUUCUUCCCCGAUCUACCCCGCCUUCGCGACCGACUCGACUGGCUCCAGGCCGUGCGCUCCCGCGACCCGCUCAUCCUCCGCGAUGCCCAGCUCAAGAUCCUCGACCGCCGCCGCCGCCUCCAGCGCCAGAGACCCGCACCUACCCCGACGCCGGCCACCUCAACCGCGCUCCGCUCCCCGUCCUUCCUCACGACCCCCUCCGUCACCGCCUCCGUCGCCGGUGAGUGCGCCGAGGAGGACGAGGACGUCGCGGCCGCUCUCUCCCUCGAUGGCUUCUUCCGCCGCUUCACCAGCGAGGACAACGAGUCCUUCUCGCGCAUCCUCGAGAAGGUCAACCACCGCCGCCGCGAGCGCUACGCCCACCUCCUGGAGCCUUCCGAGUCCAAAAGCUCAUCAUUGUUGGAGGACACCGCUCGCGACAGGAUUACUGAUGGGUAUGGCACGUCGGGGCAGCCGCCGAGUACACUCGAGGGUGCCAAGUUCACGGCGAAGAACCUGCUCAUGUAUCACCCGGCUGACCGUGGGGAGGCGCCGCUCACUGAGGAGGAGCGUGCUGAGCGGCUCAAGGGUAUGACCAAGGAGAUUGACAGGUCAAACACCAGGCUCCAUGGGAGGGCUACGGCUGAUGAUGCAAGGCCCAAGGAAGAGGAGUCCGCCAUACUGUAUGCACCGGUUUCAGGCUCCACCCCUGGAGGGAUGGUGUACAGUGAUCCCGACAAAGCGAAGAAGUAUGAUUUGGAGGAUCUGAGGAAGACGCCGAACCCAUUCUAUCUUGAGUCAGACAAAAAGUCAGACAAUGGGUAUAGUUUUGUGAGGACACCAUCACCGGCACCUGGUGUUGAUGAGUCGCCGUUCAUGACAUGGGGUGAGAUUGAGGGAACACCACUGAGGUUGGAUCCUGAUGAUACACCGGGUGGUUCUGGAGGUAGUGAGACGGUGCAUUUCAAGAUCCCACCUCCACCUGCUCGCGAUGUCAAGGCGCACCUGCUUUCAAGGGAUGCUGCAAGGAAGAUAAAGGAGCGGUCUAAAAUUUUCCACAAGCCACCAUUACCAUCCCCUGCGAGGGGAGGCAGUGCAAGCCCUAGAACUCUCUCGCCUGCAGCACAGAAGUUUGUGAGGAAUGCCAUCUCAAAGUCAGCAAAGUCCUCAAACACCAUUGAUGAGUCGCUCCGUGCGAGCUACAGAGGUUCAACCCCAUCUGCAAGCACUCCCAAGACAAGGUUUUCAAGAGACCCAGGCUUUGGAUCACAGUCUCCGUCAACGAGGCAGGGUUCCACCCCUCCCUGGUGAUUUUUACUAGACCUCAAUGUUAUAUCAUAAAAUGGAUAAAUGUUCUUGCUUGUAUUGUAGUGAAUUAUGUUAUCAUGUAAUGGAAGUGAGCCCUAUUUACCUUGAAUCUUAGGGGUAACCUGACCAAAUCACAGGCUUAACUUUUCUUUGCACCAAGUGCAUCGUGAGUUUUCAAUAACCGUACAAAUAUUUGCAUUGAUAUUAGAUUUUCUAGGCCAAUGAUGUCUAUAUAAAAAAUACAAAUGAAUGUAUUUUUUGGCAACAAUGGGGAAAUCCAAAUAACUUUCUCCAGUCGCAUAAGAUCGUUUAUGAUUAUCUCCUUGGGCUUGUGGGAUAGCAUGUGCUCGAGAUGGUUUAUGACCUUGGAUUUUGCACGAUAACAUGUGGUUUAUAACCUUGGAUUUGUGCGAUAGCAGGUGCACAAGAUUGCUUAUCACCUUGGAUACAUGUGAUGCUUGACAUGUCAUAUAAUGAUUAGGUCGGAUCAUAUUAGAAUUAAGAAAGGAUGAGUUGACUCAAUGCAUGUAUCUGUAGUUUCACUUACAGUCUUGCACUGUCUUAUCUUUAUUCAAGUUUGUCAUAUCUUCGUUUGAUUCAAUUGAUUUGGUGUAAGGAUGCAAUUAACACAUACAUUUUCCACCCCUCCUUGGCGAAUUUUAGUUUUACAGUCUUGCACUGUCUUAUCUUUAUUCACUUACAGUCUUGCACUGCCUUAUUCUAGUUUGGCAUAUCUUCGUUUGAUUCAAUUGAGUUGGUGUAAGGAUACAGUUAACACAUGCAUUUUCCACCGCUCGAUGGUGAAUUUUAGUGGGCCCCAAUGUCAUAUGGACAAGUGUUCUUUCCUUGUAUCUUAACAACAUAUUUGACCAAAAGAAUGGAAGUGACUCUUAUAUACCUUAGGCAACCUUAGCAAAUCACCGGCAUGAACUUAUCGUUGCAUGCCAGGUUUUGAAGUGCAUCUUGAGUUUUAAUGGUUACAAAAGUUACCUUGGUAUUGCAUAUCCUGUCGCUAUAAUAGUUGGGAGUGUAUUUCGCAUGCCGUCAUUCCUAACAGAAACAUCUAAAAACAGAAAUGAAUGUAUUUUGGUGGCAAAGUAGAGAAAUCCAAAUAACUUAUUCCAGGUAUACAAGAUGGUUCAUCACCUUGGAUUUGUGUGAUAGCUACACUAUAGCUUAUCACCUUGGAUUUAUGUGAUACUCACUUGACAUGGAGAUGGAGUAUAAUGAUUAGGUCAGGUCAUAUUAGAAUUAAGAAAAGGUGAGUCACUUCAUAUAUGUUUUGGUAGUUUCUGUUAGUCUUACACUAUUGCAAUAUUUAGUUCAUGUUGGGCAUUUGUUUGUAUAGUUCUAAUGGGUUGGUGUAAGGAUUCAAUUGGCCUGUGGAAAAUUUGCGAAAAACUUGACCAACGUAGGAGGAACUAGGUGGCAUUGAAAAUAAGAAGAAAUAGGCACUCAAAUUCACCUCGAAGAGGACUCCAUCUUCGGUGGUCUAGGCAUACAUCCACACCCUGAACCAACUGAGUUAGGCUCAGUUCCUUGUUGAAAAUAUACAGAUCCCACUCAUUGUUGUGAAUGGAAGUGACUUGAAACCUUGCUGCUUGUUGACAGCAAUAAAUUCCAGAAUGCUUCCAGGACUUGGAUACAAGGACCUAGUAGGAAGACUACUGUAAGGCAUUCUGCUGAUCAUGUUCUGGUUUAUGAAUUGUAAUUGAAAAUUCCAUGAUAUGGAGUAUCAAAUUUUGAUGUAUCAACCAGGUCUUUUUCCUUUUUGUCUAGUUACUUAUCAUGUUCAGCCUUUCAGGUACACUAAACAAUGUGAAUGUGUAAUGGAUCAUGUGAAAGAUGCUCGAGUUCUUGGAACUUAUGGUAUAUCCUGUUGCUAUAAUUGUUGGGGGUGAAUUUCCUAUGCGUCAUUUCUUACAGAAACAUCUAAAAAUAGAAAUGGAUGUAUUUUGGUGGUAAACUAGAGAAAUCCAAAUUACUUAUUCCAGGUAUACAAGAUGGUUUAUCACCAUGGAUUUGUGUUGUACUUUCUUGACAUAUCUAAUAUAAUGAUUAGGUCACAUUAUAUUAGAAUCAAGAAAAGGUGAGUUAACUUAAUGCAUGGUUUGUUAGUUUCACUCGCAUUCUUACACUAUUCUAUUUUUGGUUCAUGUUAGUCAUAUGUCUGUUUAGUUCUACAGGGUGUAAAGGAUUCAGCCAUGCUGCUGUUUGUUUCCAGCAGUAAAUUCAGAAUGCUUCCAGAACUUGGAUACAGGGACCUAGUACGGUGAACUACUGUGAGGUGUUCUGCUGAUUAUGUUCUGGUGUAUAAAUGUUGCAUUUGGAAAAUUCAUGACCGCAUCGACCAGGUUUGUUUUUGUCUAGUUACAUAUCGUGUUCAGGUACAGUAUAUGAAUGUAAAUAUGUAAUACUUCUUGUGAAAGAUGUUUAAGUUCUUUUCAAGGAUCUAAAUAGCAGUUUUAGCUGCGAAGCAGCAUGGCGGAGAAAAAAGCUACAGCAGCAGCUAUGCUUUGUACGGUUUUAUAUUAAAAUAAUAGAAAACAAUAAAUAUGUGCGCAAGAUAGUUAUAGCCAACAAAUAAGAAAAACUAGAAUGAGGGCACGGCUUUGCUGCGCUUGGUAUUAGACGCCUAAUGACCUUCAAUUGUUAACACUCGUUUUGCUAGUCUCGCUUGAUAAUACAUAUCCCAUGCAUUUAUUAUGUAUUUAACUAAUUUUAGUAUCAUCUGGACCGCGUAUUUAUUAUUUUUGUUACAUGUAAUAUAUGACCCAGUAUUACAAUAUCAUGUGCAAUUCUAAUAUGGUUUAGUGUUGAUAACUUGCUAUAUUUGCACAGAUCAUGAAAAAUAAUAGAACUAUAAUCGAUGUAGUAAGGAAUAUAUCACAACAGUAGAUAAUUAGGUGAUAUGUAUGAAAUUAUAAAAAGUCUUAAGCGUUGAUAAGCUAGUUCAAUAAAAUACAUUCACAGGAACUUAAAAAGUAGUAGGUAAUAUUGGAGAUCUUCAUUGUAGCAUUGGAGUUAUAUGGUACUAAUAAUUUGGUUGAUUGAUGCAGGAGAUCUUCAAUUUGCUUGGACACUGUCUGCAAAGCUAAGAAUAUGUAAUUUGUGUUGCAUCUCAUAUCUGCUUGCACACCAAAUUGUAUUUUGUUGAGAACUUGCUUCCGACAACCGUUGUGAACAUAAUGGAGCUCUUGUAAUAUAUACCCCCAGGACCUUGCAAUUUCAUUUAGCAGUGUACCUUGUUGUACCUGGGUGAGAAGUUGUAGUUUGUGGUGUUGCUGGAGUAGAGUUGUUUAAUAAUUGUAAUCCCGGAGUUCUAUGCUGUGUGUUGUUUGGAGAUAAUUAAUAGCUUCUAUAGCAGCAUUCUCUUCAGUUGUGUUCACUGUAGUUGAUGGUAAACCAUAUAUGUCAUCGAUUUCGUCAUCGGUGUAUAAAUCAUCAUGAUGUAGGUAGAAUGAAACUGAUGCAAUGCAUAUAUCUUCAUUUGCCCAGUCAUGGUAAUAGGUAGUUGAUGGUAGGAUCAGCUGCUUUAGAAUUUCAUCAAAGAUAAGCUUGGGUGCUAUUUUAAUUUUGUGUGUAGCCUCAUGAUGUCCUAUAAAAUAAAGUGAUAAUAAUAUAAAUGUGUAUGAAACACUCGUAAUGAAUCUAAUGAUUGUUAUGUUUAAUGUGGAAAUUAUCUUGCAGUGGUGCCAUGGGUUUGUUCAUGAGGCUGUUGAAGUCUGUAUUGAUAUGCCCAUUUUUUUUAUGUGCAACCAAAAUUAUUGUCUUCAUAUGUUAAUUUGUAGGGCCUGCACUGGUAACCACAAAAGGUGCUGAAUUGCUGGCUCUACUUUUGACAGCAGCCAGCUUGUAUUGACAGCUUGUAUGGGCUUUCAAUCAGUCAGAGAAAUGGUAUUGCAAGAGUUAAGGAAACAGCACAGGCCUGAAAUCAUAACUGCAAUGGAGGAAAGAUCAAAAGAUGUGGUUCCUGGAAAGAUAAGAAGGGGUUAGCAACCAAACUUUAUAGCUUUAAACAUGAACCUUCAUCUGUGUGCCCACAAGUUAAUUCAAAGGAAGGGCAGAUGGUUUGCAAGUGAAUGGGGAGACUGGAUCAGCAAAUCUUGAGACCUACCUUAGUACUAGUUCUGUACUAGAGAAUGAUUUGGAUCAGGGAUCUUCAUGAUCAGGCAAGAACUAUGAUGCUAGUUAUCUUUCGGACGUGCUAAUCUUUUCUAUAAAAGAAAUGGAAAAUAGUGUACUUAUUAUUUGUGUGCAAAUAUAUGGUUUAAACUGAUGGUUAAAAUCUGGUGAUUUAUAAUUGUUCCAUGUCAAUAUCAUGAUCUUUUUCUUUCUUUCUUGUAGAAUUGAAUGGUUCUUUUCAUAUUGUUUAUAUUUUCUCACUUAGAAUCAUAUCCUGACAUUUUUACAACACAAGUAUUCGAACAUUCUUCUCACGUUUACAUGAUGAAUUCUACAAACGUGCAAUGUUCACGCAGAUAACAUGGCUAAAGGUUGAACUGUGCAGGUUGCUCGAGGAGAAAAGAUAAGCUGACCUAAGGUUUAUUUUUUUUCUUUUUGUUCGGGACAUAUUUGUGUCCGUAUGAGUUAAGACUAGCAACUUGUGCUCAAUUUAAGUAUUCAGCUCUGGGUAAAAUAACUUAAAUAAUAUUUCUUGGUUCAAUAGAUUUAACAUAUCCACAAAUUGCAACAUAUUUUCACUUUGGUUUGAACACAAUUAUGCCUAUUGGCGCUCUUCAUACCAUAUUUGAGUCUACUGUUUAUUUUUUGGAAAAAAGGAAAGAUUAGAAGGAACAUGCCUGCUUUAUCUCCUUCACAUCUUCAUGACACAUAAUUUUUUUUCUUGAGUGACUAAAUUGAUCUUUUUUCCUGUUCCUGGGUUUCAUGACACAUCUAGUUAAAAUUAUUUGUAAGUUAAAUCAUACGAAUUAAUUUUGUGUUGUGGCACUUUGUUAAUUUGGCCCAUUAAUAUGUCCAUAAAGCUAAUAUUUCUUUAUAUUUUCAGAGGUGAAGAGUUGGAAACAGCUUUAAUGGAGAUGGUCAAGCAGGACAAUAGAAGAAUGUUGAGUGCUAAGGUAUGAUGGUAUCUGGAAUCACUUCCUUUUUUCCUCUCAGUUUAUGGUUUUAUGAUAAUCAAAUAUCCUUGAACUAUUAUAUGUUUUGGAAUUCUUUCUGAGCAAAACAACCACUUCAUUUCCAGACGAUAAUCUACUUUUAGAGUUUUAGUCCUUGAAUCCCCUUUUUAGUCAAAUAACUUUCUAUAUACAUUCUUGACUUAGAAAAGACUCAGGUUGAGACAUUGGAGGUAGAGGUAUCUGAACUGCGAAAAGCUUUUGCUGACAAGCAAGAGCAAGCAAUGCUUCAGGUGUUGUCUUACUGCCUACAUUCUGUGCCUAUAAUCUGUUGGUUCUUAAGCAUCGUAUUACAUGAUCCUCGCAAGUCCAUUGGACCAUCUGGUUGUCUAAAAAUAUCCACACAUUAACUUGCCUGUACCGAUCUUGUUAAGAAUGGAGCAAGAACAGAAAGUGACAGAAGAUGCCCGCAUAGCUGCUGAGCGAGAUGCUGCUGAACAAAAAUACGCUGCUCACGUACUCCAGGAGAAGUAUAAAGCAGCAAUGGCAGCACUUUCACAAAUGGAGAAGAGAGCUAUAAUGGCACAAACAAUGCUGGAGGCUACAAAGCAGUACCAGGCUGGGCGGGUUAAAGCCAACCAAUCUUCACUUCAAGUUCACCACGUGCAGACAGUGUCCUUAGGAAGACGAAUCAAGAGCCAAAUCAAGAUGCACCUAACAGGAGAAUAGGUGAGGUGGGUGGAACUAGCCUGUGCGGGGCGGUGGGGAGGCCUUGAGGGAGCGGAGCCUCUGACAGGGGAGUCACAGGAGGCACUGACUGGUGGCGAGGUGUGCAGAGCUAGCCUGCGGUGGUGCAGGGUGGUGGGGAGGCUCUGAGGGAGCGGGGCCUCCGACGGGGGAGCUGCAAGAGGCACUGACUGGUGGUGAGAUGGGCGGAGUUGGCUUGCGGCGGCGCGGAGAGGCAGGAGGAGGGUGGAUCUUCCUGGUACCAACCACCGGAUUCAGAGAGGAAGCCGCAGGAUCUAACAGCCGGCAGAGAAUGCCGUCUCGAUGCGAGACGAAAAGGAAAGAUGUGUACAUUUCAACCUUAUAAAAGGUGUAUUUAUAACUAGUAAUAAAUUUAGAAUUCAAAUUAGCAUGUUAUGGUAUCACAUUGAUAAUAGGUAGGAUAGUACAGCUAGGGAUGAAAAAUGGAUAGUAGAUAUCUGUAUUAUUCUAUAUUUGUAUUUGGUUAAAUAUAAAUAAAAUUUGUAUUCGAUUGACA